AUGUGCCAAAGUUCUUGCAGCAAUGAAACUCACACCGGACAGCGCGACCUCGACGACAGGACUACGACCACCCUCACCUCAUUGGUCAAACUGCUGAAAGGUCGACCUCAUCUCAGCCAAUCAGCGGUGGAGUUCCUGCUCGGUCAGCUCCAUUUGUCCUGCGACUCCUCUCGUGUCCUCAUGUGCCACGCUCUGGCCGCCAUCGCCACCCACCUGCCCGUGCUGGGUGACGGGAUGCUGGGGGACCUGGUGGACCUGUACAGGGUAGCCAGCCACUCCUCCACUGACAAGCAGCAAGAGCUUCUGGUUUCCUUGGCAACAGUGAUUUUUGUUGCCAGCCAGUCGUCUCUGUCAGCCGAAGUGAAGACGGUCAUCAAACAGCAGCUAGAGAAUGUAGCAAACGGCUGGACGGUGUACCGCAUCGCACGACAAGCCUCACGCAUGGGAUGCCACGAGUUCUCCAGCGAGCUGUACCAGAGUAUGCGCACGCGUGUGGCGUCGGAGCACUUCUACUUCUGGCUGAACAGCCUGAAGGAGUUCUCCCAGGCAGAGCAGUGUCUGAGUCACGUGGAGGACGGAGACUACAGUGGAGCCAUGACCGCCAUCGCUGAGGCGCUGCGCUCCUACCAGAAGGGCAUCGCUUCUCUCACAGCCGCCAGCACCCCUCUGAGCCCGCUCUCUUUCCAGUGUGAGUUCAUCAAGCUGCGCAUCGACACCCUGCAGGCCCUGUCGCAGCUCAUCUGCACCUGCAACAGCCUGAAGACCAGCCCCCCCCCCGCCAUCGCCACCACCAUCGCCCUGGCCUCAGGCAACGACCUGCAGCGCUGCGGCCGCAUCGCCAUGCAGAUGAAGGUUUGCAUGGAUGAGUUCAGAAGUCUCGCAGCUCGAUACGCUGAUUUGCACCAGUCGUCGUUUGACGCUGAUUAUGCCACCCUGCGUAACGUGGAGCUACAACAACAGAGCUGUUUGCUCGUCUCUCACGUUAUAGAGGCUCUGAUACUGGACCCUCAGGCAGCAAGCUUUCAGGAGUACGGCACCCUGGGCUCGGUUCAGACGGAGAGUGAAUAUGAGCGCCGGAUGAUGUCGGUCUUCAGUCGAGUGUUGGAGGAAGUGGAGGGUCUCACCAAGAAACACCCUCCUGUCUCACACCUGCAUACAGGUUGCCUCUGUGACGCCGUCAUAGCUUUGCUCAAAGUCCCGCUAUCUUUCCAGAGGUAUUUCUUCCAAAAGCUCCAGUCAACAAGCAUUAAGCUCGCCCUCUCUCCGUCCCCGCGGACGCCCAGCGAGCCGAUCCCGGUGCAGAGCAGCCAGCAGCUGACUCUGAAGGUGGAGGGCGUCGUGCAGCACGGCUCCACACCCGGACUCUUCAGGAAGAUCCAGUCCGUCAGCCUCAAUGUCACUUCAGUCCUGCAGAGCAAGACGGGAACCGACCUCAAGAUUCCACUCGACAGUAAAACCAAUGAGAUCGAGCAGCGUGUUGAACCCCACAACGACUACUUCAGCACUCAGUUCCUGCUGAACUUCUCCGUGUUGGGCACCCACACCGUCACUGUGGAGGCCUCGGUGGUGGACGAGAGUGGCAUCGAGUGGAAGACGGGGCCCAGGACCACGGUGUCGGUCAAAUCUCUGGAGGAUCCGUACUCUCAGCAGCUCCGCCAUCAGCUGCAACAGAAUGCCGCUCAGCCUGCUCCACAGAGGAGUGCAUACGCCCGCUUCUAGCCAAUAUCCUCAGUGCUUCACCGUCAAAAACAGGUUAAGCUUGUGUACUUGACCUUGUAGAAACUGAGUUUGUACAUAUUGUUUUUCAACGAUUAAAAGAUCAGAUUUAAUUUU